AUGUGGCUGUCGGAAAGGAUCCUCUCCCUAUUGGGCCACGACGCUAGAGUCGCUCGUCUUUUGCCAAGCAGCGAGAGCAUCGUGGUGUUGAGCUUUAGAGCACUUCAGCUGCGAAGAAUCGCUGAGCUACAAGAUGAUUUGCUUCGGAUCUCUGCAGUAAUGGGAGAUAAAAAUGAUACAACUGAAGAAGAUAGAAGAACCAUCGAUGAAGCUUUAUCAGCCUAUGCCCAAGCCAUACGAAACUAUGAGACUCUUUCCGAUAAUGCAGCCCCUACCGUUCCACACAGCGCUACUUUUAUCGGCUCACUGCAGGCACUGAAUGUGACCUCAUCUUCCAAUAGCCACUUUGCAUCAAUACUCCCUCCCUCGUUUGAACGUGAGAGAGAAUUCCACCAUUACCGGGAGGGUAUAUUCCGUGCCCUGGGCAGCAUGGCGGAUAUGAAUGUGAGGAACGGCGUCAUAGACGAGGCAAUAGGGCCCGUUGGCUUCCGCGAAAUCGACCAAGCAGGGCGCAUCCAUCGAGCGAAGAGGAAAGCCUUUACGACACGCUUGGUCUUUGCGCUACUUGGGGGGAUCUCGCUGAUUGGCCCCAUCCUCAUCAUGACGCUUCAUGCGUCGACCACCACAAGCCUCAUCACGGUAUCGGUUGCGACCUUCAUCUUUGCUCUGGUCAUGGCCCUGUUUGCGACAGACGUGGGUGGCAAGGACGUAUUGGCUGCCACGGCUGCCUAUGCGGCGGUGCUUGUGGUGUUUAUCGGGACGAGCACGUCUUCCAAUGCUAGCUGA